AUGUCAGGGAAACGGGUCAUAGCAAUAUGUAUAUCUGGUGGGGAGUUUCAGACAGAGAAAGGCGGAGUGCUGUCUUACAAAGGCGGCGAGGCUCACGCAAUAGACGUGGACGAUCAGAUGAAAUUCAAAGACUUUAUCUCAGAAAUUGGGGAUGUGUUUAAUUGCGACGCCGCGACGGUUUGUCUCAAAUACUUUCUCCCCGACAACAAGAAGACUCUCAUCUCCAUCUCUAACGAUAAAGAUUUGCAACGGAUGAUCAAGUUUCACGAGAACUCAAACUCCGCAGACGUCUAUCUCAUACCCGAAGAAGCUGCUCCCGACAUUUCAAACAUGCCAGCGAGCAGAUCAAGCAGAACGACAUUGUCUGAAACGAUCCCUCCAGUUCCAAUGGACGACAUGAUAGACGACACAACGGGACCAGAAGAUCCCCUCCUCUCUCUCUCAGUCUCAGCUCCUCCUGAUGUAACUAUGGAGCAGGUCGUGAACCGAGCUGCAGAUGCACAGAUUGUUACUAACCCACCCGAUAUAAUGUCAUCGAUUCUUGAAGCUCCGAAUCCGAAAGGAGAUAUUCUCACAAAGGCGAGAACACAGCAGUGGCAGAACACGAUUACAGGUGUUGGACAGAGGUUUAAAAACGUCGGCGAGUUCCGUGAAGCGCUGCGCAAGUACGCGAUCGCGAACCAGUUUGGAUUCCGGUACAAGAAGAACGAUAGUCACCGAGUGACGGUUAAAUGUAAAGCUGAAGGUUGUCCUUGGAGGAUCCAUGCUUCGAGGCUAUCGACCACUCAGCUGAUCUGUAUCAAGAAAAUGAACCCAUCACAUACUUGUGAAGGUGCGGGAGGCAUCAACGGUCUUCAGACGAGUAGGAGCUGGGUUGCUAGCAUUAUAAAAGAGAAGCUGAAAAAGGAUCUGCAUGAGACUUGCCCGAUAAAUUUCGUCGCGGAUCAACAGAAGGAUCUGCAUGAGUCUUGCCCGAUCACUUUCGUCGCGGAUAGACAGAAGAAUCUGCAGGAGUCGAUCCCGAAAGUGUUUGCACACUCGUAUCACGCGUAUUGCUUGCGGUAUCUGACGGAAGAGCUCAUCAGAGACUUGAAAGGACCCUUCUCUCACGAGAUCAAGCGGUUAAUCGUCGAUGACUUUUACUCGGCAGCUUACGCCCCGAGAGCGGAUUCAUUCGAGAGACAUGUGGAGAACAUCAAAGGUCUCUCGCCGGAGGCUUACAAUUGGAUCGUGCAAAAUAGCCAGCCCGAUCACUGGGCCAACGCUUACUUUCCCGGUUCCCGGUACAACCACAUGACUUCAAACUCAGGUGAACCUUUCUUCAGCUGGGCUUCCGACGCCAACGACCUACCGAUAACACAAAUGGUGGAUGUGAUCCGCGGGAAGAUCAUGGGACUGAUCCACGCGAGACGGAUAAAAGCCGCGGAGGCUAAUGGAAGAUUGACUCCUUCCAUGGAGAUAAAGCUAGAGAAGGAGUGCGUGAAAGCGCAAACACUUCACGUAGCGGCAUCCGCGGAUAAUAAUCUGUUUCAAGUCCGUGGAGAGACGUACGAGCUGGUGAACAUGACGCAGUGGGACUGUAGCUGCAAAGGCUGGCAGUUAACGGGUCUACCGUGUCACCACGCGGUUGCAGUUCUCAGCUGUAACGGACGUAGCCCUUACGACUUCUGUGUUAGAUAUUUCAGUGUUGAGAACUACAGGCUCACAUACUCGAUGUUGAUCAAUCCGGUUCCGUUGUUAGAAGGAGAGAUGUGUAGAGAGAGCUCCGGGGGUUGA